UUUUAUUCUUUUGACAUUAUAUGGAUACGGCUCUAGUGUAUAUGGGGGGUGUCUGUCCAACCGGGCUACUUUAUAAAUACUGACGGCUAGACAGUGGACAGCCAUGUCUCCUUCAGUAGCCCUGCAGGAGAUGAUCCGGGCCAUCAGGUCAGCCAGGACGCAGUGUGAGGAGCGGGGUGUAAUACAGAGGGAGUGUGCAGCCAUCCGGGCACAGUUCAGACAAGCUGACAACGGGGGACGAUCGCACAACCUGGCCAAGCUGCUCUAUGUGCACAUGUUGGGCUACCCCGCUCACUUUGGUCAGAUGGAGUGCGUUCGGAUGAUAGCCAGCCCCCACUACAGUGAGAAGCGUGUGGGAUACCUGGGAGCCAUGAUGCUGCUGGAUGAGAAACAGGAUGCCAGCCUGCUCAUCACUAACUCCAUCAAGAAUGACCUGUCUCACAGUAACCAGUAUGUGCAGUCUCUGGCUCUGUGCACGCUGGCCUGUAUGGGUUCAGCUGAGAUGUGCAGAGAUCUGGCGCCAGAGAUUGACAGGCUGCUCCGAGGCACCAACUCCUACAUUAAGAAGAAGGCCGCUCUGUGUGCUGUUCAUAUUGUAAGAAAAGUCCAGGAUCUGGGGGAGCUCUUUGCCCCUGCUGCCCGCUCCCUACUUUCUGAGAAGAACCAUGGUGUGUUAUAUGGUGCUGUGGUGCUCAUCACUGAGUUGUGUGCGUGGAACCCUGAAACACUGGAGCUGUUCAGGAAGACAGUACCAGAUCUGGUUCAGAUCAUGAAAGGUCUGGUCAUUUCCGGUUAUUCUCCAGAGCAUGACGUGGCAGGAGUCAGUGAUCCCUUUCUGCAAGUGCGCAUCCUGAGGUUGCUGAGAAUCCUUGGUCGCAACAAUGAAGCAGCCAGUGACGCCAUGAACGACCUUUUAGCUCAGGUAGCAACCAAUACUGACAGCACUAAGACUGUGGGCAAUGCUGUGCUGUAUGAGACUGUUCUAACUGUUCUAGACAUCAAGUCAGAGAGUGGCCUCAGGAUUUUGGCUGUGAACAUCCUGGGAAGAUUUCUCUUAAACAACGACAGGAACAUUAGGUAUAUCGCCAUGACCUGUCUUCAGAAGAUUGUUGGGACAGACCACAACGCGGUGCAGCGCCACAGGGGCACCAUAGUGGACUGCCUGAAGGACCAGGACGCUUCUGUCAAACGCCGUGCGUUGGAGCUCUCCUUGGCUCUGGUGUCAGCCUCCAACAUCCGCUCCAUGAUGAAGGAACUACUCCUCUUCCUGUCCUCCUGCCCUCCUGAUCUCAGAGCUGAAGCAGGCAGCGGCAUCUUCAACGCUGCAGAGAGGUAUGCACCUUCCCAGCGCUGGCACAUUGACACCAUCCUGCAUGUCCUCACCACGGCAGGGGGUGACAUGAGAGAUGAAACUGUCCCCAACCUGAUUCAGCUUAUCACCAACGCCUCAGAGCUGCACUGUUACACCGUCCACAAGCUCUACAGGGCACUGCUCACUGACAUCUCUCAGCAACCCCUGGUGCAGGUGGCCUGCUGGUGUAUAGGAGAGUACGGAGACCUGCUGCUGAGGGGAGAGUGUCAGGAGACUGAGCCUGUGCAGGUCACUGAGGAUGAUGUCCUGGAUGCCUUGGAAACAGUUCUGCAGUCGCACAUGUCAUCGCCUGCAACCAGGGCUUUUGCUCUCACCGCCACCAUGAAACUGAGCACACGCAUCACUGAUAAUGUGGAUCGGAUCAGGAGCAUUGUCAGCAUCUACGGCAGCUGUAUAGAUGUGGAGCUCCAGCAGAGGGCAGUGGAAUAUAAUGCUCUCUUCAAAAAAUAUGACCACAUGAGGGCAGCAGUGCUGGAGAGGAUGCCUGUGAUUGAAAGGAACUCUCCAGGUCACACCAAUGGAGUGUCCGUAGGGGAAGCGGUCAAGGAGAUCCAGCCAGCUGAAGUCAAGCAGGGGUUGCUGCAGCAAAAUGCUAACCAGGUGUGUGACCUCUUGGACCUGCUGGGUGGCUCAGAGGAGCCUGUACAGCCCAGCCUGGCACAGAGCAGCACAGCACCAGGCAUGUCUGUCAACACAGCCAGCACUGCAGGAGGAGACCUCCUGGAUCUGUUGGGAGGAUUAGAGCCAACACCUCAUGCACCAGCUCCUACACUGACGGCAUAUGAGAAACACGGUGUGACUUUGACACUAAGUUGUGAGAAACAGUCCGACUCAGGCCUGACAGUCACGCUCACAGCCUCCAACUCCACUGACUCAGACAUCAGCAGCUUCACACUGCAGGCUGCUGUACCCAAGAGUGUCCAGUUACACAUGAAGGCCCCCAGUGGAGACUCUCUCCCUGCACGAGGCACAGCGAAGGUGACCCAGAUGGUGGUUGUCAACAAUCCAAACAAGGUGAAGCUGAAAAUGAGGCUCCGCAUAUCUUACACCAGACAAGGAUCAGCCUUUCAGGAUACAGUCCAGAUUGACUCCUUCCCAGAAGUCAGCACUGCUGGACACUGACAGCGGUUAGUCAGUCCAUCUGGACUCUGACAACAGUAUGAGUCAGCUGGCAUGACCUUCAUGGCAGAGGCAGUUUCCUGCUGUAAACACCCUUAACAGUACAGCCAGCCUGCUGUUUCUCAAAUACCCCAUUAUGUUGGUUUUUGUUUUGUUUUGUUUUGUUUUCUACAGCUGAAGAACAGUUCUUUGACAUGAAACCACAGCCUGGUGUAUGCAGUCACAUAGGUUUCCUCUCCCCUAAAACUGAAGUAUAAAUGUGAUUAUUAUGCAGGUAGUUUGAAAAUACUUAGUUUGCUUUAACAACUGUCCGUACAUAUGUAUGUCCAUUAAGUACCAUACAGUUUCCUUUUACAAACUACAACAGCUGAAAAUGUUUCACUCCAUAAUUACACUGCCAGUCUAUGGUUUUGAACUGUAUGGUAAUGUAUGUACUUUUAUGUGGAUUCUGUCGCUCAGUAUAAGCCACUAAAUCAUAUCACCACAAAGGCACUCCAUAUAUAUUCAAACUAAAAGUGAUAGCUCACAUUUCCUUUGCUCGACUCUCCUGCACUUGAGUUUUUUGGGAUACAUAAGGAUACGAUUUGGACUGGACUGUUAGAUUAAAACAAAACCUUAUGGGUUUCAUUCACUUGUCUUCUGUUACACUUGUUUCAUUUAAUUCAGCUGAACAGCUCAGCGUAUUGACUUCCUUAGAAUUUUCCCUGUGCCUUUUAUCCCCUCAAGAACUGAAGUUUUCUCAUAAACUCAACUCUUGGAGGCCCCAGAAAUUGUUUUAAAUGAGUCCUAUUAACAUGUUUGUAUUACUCCCAUAUAAUCUACACUUGCUUUUACUGACUGGCAUCUCCUUGUGUGUCAUUUACCAAAUUAUUUUCUGAAGAUCAUAUAUAAUGGUACAGGAAUCAAAAAUUGGCAUUUACAAGAUGUAUAUUUUAGAUAUUAAGCAUAUAGGUACACAGAUUUUUUGGAAGUCUCUCAUACAACCCUUUGUUGUAAAAGGACAAAAACAUGAGACAUGGAAGACAGUUAAAUGGAGUUUUAUUACCAUAGUAAUCUGAUAUCUCUUCAAAAUGAGAGUAAAAAAAAUAAGUGUGAAGACUGGAUAUAAGCAGUGGCGCUCUAAAUGGAAUUCAGUGCAAUUUCUUUGAGACUGUUCCAGAUCACUGUCCUAAUUUAAAUGUAAAAAGACCAAGAGGAGCAUUUGGUCAACUGAUUCUUUGAGUCAUUGGUCUGUCAUUUUCUAAUUAAAAAUCUGUUUUGAGAAUC